AUGGUCGGAGAUGUUGAAGUAGACCGGUUGUCGGAUGAGCCACCGAGAAUGCUGGAGAUGGAAGUGAAUGGGAAGAAGAUCCCAUUCGAACUAGAUACCGGUGCAUCCCUUUCCAUUAUCGAUGAGAAGACAUGGAAUAAGCUAGGCCGGCCACAGUUGAAUAAGGCUGCGGUGGCUGCGACGGCAUUUGAUAAUAAUCGUAUUAAGUUUCAAGGAAGAGUCCCACUAAACGUUAAGUUCGCCGGGAAAGAGGCGAUG